GGUUACAUUCUUGUUGGACCUGCUACUUGUUGGAACCUAAUAUCUGAGAAUGUGUUGUUUAGAUGUUUGUUUACCCAUCAGGGUCUUUCUGUAGAACAAACUUUCUACGAUAUACCCAAUUUCACAAACUAUGGUCUUAGAUUUGUCAGAUGAUGUAUAUGAAAGCAUUGAAAGGUUUAUUAUCUGCAUCUAAAAAUAUGCAAUCAUGAGUUAAUUAUGGAUCCUAGAUUCUAUGUCACUAAAAGUAAUUGAUAAUUAAGACUGCAAGAAUAAGUGAUUACUUUUCUUAUUGAUUACUUUUUCUUAUUUAUGUAGGCAAUAUGAUGCAAUAGACCUCUUUAGAAAUAUUUGGCAAGGUUGUUAAAUGGAAGACGGUGCAUUAAUUGUGAGAAAAUGGGAGGACAUGGACAUUGAUAUACUCGUGAAGAUAGUCCAGUCUUUCGAUAUCUUUGAGUUAACUGCUGGCAUUGGUCAAGUUUGUAGCACGUGGCGUUUGGCCGCUUGCGAUCCCCUGCUGUGGAGAACUCUUGACUUAUCAAUGUUGAAGUCUAACUUCAUUAAAAUCCCGUUAGAGCCAUAUGUUUAUGUGGACGGUCGGUCUGAUAAAACUUUAACGCGAGUCUUGAAGAUUGCUUUGAAUCUAAGCAGGGGAAGCAUACUAACGCUAAUUUUCCAUUUCAAUCUCUAUGUCAGCGAUGAUCAGUUGACUUAUACCGCAGAAAGGUGCCCAAGGCUAAAACGACUUGUUAUGCCAGCUUGGAACCGAAUAAAAAAGACUGGAAUAUGCAGGGCGAUCCGCAUGUGGAAAGAUUUGGAGUCGCUGACUAUGCCGAGCAUAGCAAAUCCCCCAUACCUGAUGGAAGAAAUUGCGCAGAACUGCAAGAACUUUUCCGAACUCAAGAUCAUGGGUCCUUGUGACAUUUUCUUUGCGUCUACAUUAGUUACUUUUCUUCCAACCUUAAAGGUUUUAAGCCUCCGGUGCUCAACAAUCUGGAGGGAUGCUCUGAUCACUAUCUUGGAUGGCUUACCAAACUUAGAGGUGCUAAAUAUCUCGCAUUGCCUCCUUAUCGAAGUCCCUCCACCUCCUGCAGCGAGAAGAAUUGUUAGGGAGCUUGAUGAAUCAAUUCUUGAGAAGGCUUCUAGGUUACGUGAGUUUUACACGUGCAUGGAUGACUCGUGCAUUAUGUGUCAGCGGGCUAGAAAUGAUGAAGGGCUUAUGAGGUGGUACAAGUACGAAGAAGGGCUCUGGAAAGCAGAUGAGGUCAGAUCACUUGCCCUUUGAUAUCGGAGCAUCCUCAUCUUAGCGGGUUAGAUGACCCUCCUUUUCUUUUCUAGCAAGUAACUUCUUAUGUGCAAAGGCAUAAGCAACAGAAUAAAACUUUGGUUGAGUGGAUGUAGCUGAAUAGUAGUACUGGUUUCUCUGUUCAUCAA